GUCUUUGGGAAGCAGAGAUUUAGUCCCUUUUUGUGACUGUUAUUACAGUAGUUUUGCCACGAUCCAUUUCAUGUCAUCUGAAGAGGCUCACGUGGAACGGCGGCGCACGCUCACAGUUUCAACCCCCUUUCAACUUUCUCUCCGGGAAAACCCGUCGGGACAUACGCAAAGGACUUUCCACAGCGCACGCGAAGACGUAGAUUGCUGGGACAUGUCAAGUGUCUCCAAGUGAAGUAGAAGCGUUUUCUGGUGUGGAGUUUCUGCCAGUAGCGCGCAGCUGGGUGCCUUUUUUUUCGGUCCUGGGUGACACUUUAUAUUUUCUUGGAUACGAUCUUUCGCAGACAUUUAAAAUGAGUGAGCAGGUAGGGCUUCAAAGGCUUGCGCGAGGACACCUAAACGGGGCGCACGGGUGCUGAUGGACACGGUGACUCCUGCUGUAAUCAAACCUGCAACCUUUUAGUCAGCAGCACAGUCUCUCCAGCAAAUAGACGACUCUGCCAUCCUGAGUCAUCCCACUAAAACAACCUGUAUCACAUUUACAGUAUGGAUUACUGUACAUGUCACCUCGCGCACAUCCAUUUAACAACUUUUAUCGGGGAGUGGAUUUAAUUUGGUCGAAACUGUGACAUCUGCACAUUUCUUAUUAUGACUUUCAUCUUGACGUGUGCUCCAGCCACACAUUCGGUUGCUUAGUGUUCUUUUUGACAGGUUUCUGUUAAUAAUUUAGAUCCUCCGUACACUUCUAAGAGUUGUAGCCUAAAAUCUCGCCGGCUCUCAUGGGACUGAGGCAUUCGUCGCGUUGUUUGCUGCUACGGCGGAAGAUGGCGGAGGCGGACAGCUCCGAGCGACAGCAGCCUGUCACAUCCCCCCUCUCUCAAUCUGCCCAGCCCUCCCCACUGCCUAAACCAGUGCCUACUACCCACCAUGUGCCCUGCAUCCCCCAUACGCCUCAUGUAGCGGCCCUGGCCACCUGUCCUGGUCGAGGCAAGAUUGCCAAAUUCCUCAGCCCGGAGGAGAUGACAUCACGGGACUACUACUUCGACUCUUACGCCCACUUUGGCAUCCAUGAGGAGAUGCUGAAGGACGAGGUGCGGACGCUGACCUACCGGAACGCCAUGUACCACAACAAGCAUGUGUUCAAAGAUAAAAUCGUCCUGGAUGUUGGUAGCGGCACAGGGAUCCUCUCUAUGUUUGCCGCCAAUGCCGGCGCCAAGCACGUGUAUGGGAUUGAAUGUUCAAGUAUAUCUGAAUAUUCAGAGAAGAUCAUCAAGUCAAAUCACCUACACAAUGUCAUUACCAUCUUCAAGGGCAAAGUGGAGGAGGUGGAGCUGCCUGUGGAGAAGGUGGACAUUAUCAUCUCAGAGUGGAUGGGCUAUUGCCUGUUCUACGAGUCCAUGCUCAACACCGUCAUCUUUGCCAGGGACAAGUGGCUGAAACCUGGAGGUCUGAUGUUCCCUGACAGAGCAGCUCUCUAUGUGGUAGCCAUUGAAGACAGACAGUACAAGGACUUCAAGAUUCAUUGGUGGGAGAAUGUGUAUGGGUUCGACAUGAGCUGCAUUCGCAAUGUGGCCAUCAAAGAGCCUCUGGUGGAUGUGGUAGAUCCCAAGCAGGUGGUGACGAACGCCUGCCUCCUAAAGGAAGUGGACAUCUACACUGUGAAGCCAGAGGACCUGUCUUUCACCUCGGCCUUCUGUCUGCAGAUCCAGCGCAACGAUUAUGUCCACGCCCUGGUCACCUAUUUCAACAUUGAGUUCACCAAGUGUCACAAAAAGACUGGCUUCUCCACUGCUCCAGAUGCUGCCAGCACACACUGGAAACAGACAGUGUUUUACUUAGAGGACUACUUAACUGUCAAGAAGGGAGAGGAGAUCUUUGGCAGUAUUGCUGUCAGGCCCAAUGAAAAGAAUGUGCGUGACCUGGAGUUCACCCUAGAGCUAGACUUUAAGGGACAACUGUGUGAGGCCGCCAUUUCCCACGACUACAAAAUGCGUUAGGAACAACAAAAAACAACCAACUACCCUCAGCCCUUCGGGACCCAAUUGGAGAGGAGGGAGUGGGCACAGCCUCUCCAACAAGCAUUCCAGUGGCCAGCGAGGGCGACCAGACCAGACGCAUCAGAUUGGAUGCCAUCAUGCCAGCACCUAAGUGAUGUCAUCAGAAUAGGAAAGUAUCUAUCAGCAAUAGUGCCAUCACCUGUACCAACUUGAUCGACUCGGGCACAUCGUUGAAUGUAACAUCCUAAACGAACUUGAUUUUUUCUUUUCUCUCACUUGUUUCUGGAAAUGUUACAUUUUUGAGUCUAAAAUGAAAAGCAUUUGUGAGUCUUAAUAUUGUAAGUGCAGCUAACUGAAAAGCAUUGAUCUGUGUGAUGUUAAGAGGGUUACAGCACAGUCAUUAUCUGUUUUUCCUUUAGUCAUUUAUUAAGAUAUAUAAUGCACUGUAUAAUUGUGUAGAAGGUACAGUAAUCAAUUGUGAUUUAUUUUAUUAUUUAUUAUUUGCAUGUGAACUGUUUUUGCUUCAUUGGUUUUAGAAAGAUGUAAAAUGUAAUUUGUUUAUUUCUUUAAUAGAGACAAUUCUGAGCAACUGUACUUUGGUGCCAGAGUAGAACAGAACAAAGCCUCAGAACAGCAACAAACACAGAUGCAAUAUGUCAUGUAUCACUUUGUCUUGGAGAUCAGACAAACAAAAAGAAUGGAAAAAGAUGAACACGAUGAUGAAUAAAAUAUCAAAGAAUCAA